AUGCUCAACCGUUUAAUAUCCUAAUUUUUAACUCAUACGGUUUCUAAGUAGAUACUAUUAUUUUAAAGCAGGCUAGCUAACAAGUAAUGAUUAAAAUACAUCCUCUUCCUAUCCUCCUUCGCUAGUUCUUACUAACAUAUCUUCUUAUGCGGAACGUACGCUUUUAUUUCGCCGGCUUUGAACACUGAACAGCUAAUUAUCUUGAAAACUGGGCGUAUCUGAACAUAAACUCGACAUGUCUACUAAAACCGAGGUUCUUCCUACCGGCAUAUCUAGGCUCGCUGUCAAUGCCGUAGUAAUUACUACCAUACUCACGGCCCUAGGUAUCAUCCUAGCUGUUCUACGAUUCAAGCUUCGAAAAAGGGAAGCAAUCGGAGUUGACGACUAUGUUUUAAUGGCAGCACUUGUUUUCUUAUCCCUUCAACUUGCCUUUUGUUAUAUGAUCGGCUUUCUAAGCGGAGAAGGUUGGGAAACCGAGGAUUUGGUCCAACGACCAGAAAGAGUGACGUGGAUUCUGAAGUUGAUCUAUUUCCCGGAGCUCAGCUAUACUGUGGUGGUCGUAUUGAUCAAGACCUCGAUCUUAUACUCCUAUAAUCGCAUAUUUGGGCGCGUCAAAACGACAAGAUACCAUAUCUACGCCCUGUUAGGGCUUACCUGGGUCUGGGGUAUUGUGUUUUUCUUCAUAAUCAUAUUUCAGUGCACUCCGGUCGAUAAGGCCUGGAUUCCGGCUAAACCAGGGCAUUGUUUUGCGACAGUUCCUUUUCUGUGGGGGAACUCCAUCUCAAACUUCGUCAUAGACUGGUUAAUUCUUGCUGUACCUGUUUUACCGGUCCUCAGGCUGCAACUUUCUCUCACACAGAAGAGCCUUGUAGGACUGUCCUUUUUAUUUGGAUCAUUAGCAUGCAUCGCAAGCACGAUCCGCUCGGUGAAGACGAGCACAUUUGACGAAAGUAACCUUGGCAUUUCUGACUAUAACGCGUCGAUUUGGGUGUAUAUCGAGGCGCCGCUAGCUACAAUAUCUUGUUGUCUCCCCUUUCUAAGCCGACUCUUUGGCAUCAAAUCCACCCAAUUCGUUAAACGAAUCAAAAGCCACAUCACGAAGGGCUCUGACACUGGCGCUAUGCGUAUUCAUAGCGAAAAUAGUAGCGGGCCAGCGGAUAUAAGCCUCGAGGACCACAAGCACCUAGUUCCGCAAUCUCAGUCGAUACAUAUGAACACCACUACUACAGUGGAGAGCCGCGUAGCGGGACAAGGCGUGCAUGAUAUGAAUUCUUAUAACUUCUCCGUCGCAGCACCAGCAAGGACUUUGUCAAGAGGCGAGCCCACAACUUCCCUAGUGUGACAUAGCGACGGCAGAUGAUUAUGGACUAUGAUAUGUAACUCGAAUCAUAUUACUAUGCGAACAAACUCGGAGGAAUAGGCGCCUUAUGCCUGGGUAACAAAUGAAGGGCUCGGAUUCAGUGGCGGCUUUAGGUGAGGCAGAUAGGGUACACAACCAAGGGCCAAUUGUGGAUGUUGAGUUUAACGAUUCUAAUAUAUGAGCUAGGACUUACCCCAUGGAGUGAUCAUAUGGUGGUAUAACUACCUAGGUAAAUUUAUUGUUCCCCGUUAUUAUUAACGAGAAGCAGAAAAAAAAAAACUUUUCGGUUAUAAGGAAGAGCAGGGAGAUAAGUAAUGAAUCUUUUGGUUAUGAAUUCCAAUCAAGUAAUGUCAAUACAUAAU